GUUUGUCAAUUUCUGCAGCGUUGGCAAGAUGGCGCCCAGGGUGGACGACGUCAUGCGCCUGUGCUGCGACAUCUCAUCUCAUGAGCAAAUCAAGGUGGCGGUCAAAGGCUCGGCCAAGGGAGCCUUGAUGGCGGGCGGCGGCGCCUUUGUGGGAGGCCUGGUGGGCGGACCGCCCGGCAUUGCUGUCGGGGGCGUGGUGUGCAGCCUCCUGGCAGCCUGGAUGUCGAGCGGCCAGUUCCGCCCGCUGGCUCAGAUCCUGGCCGAGCUGCCCCCGGCGCAGCGCGACCAACUGUGCCGGGACGUGAGCGCCGUCCUGGCCGGCUUGAACUGGACGGACGCGGCGCAGCUGGUCGCCUUGGUGACGGGCAACGCCACGCUGCAGCAGCGGGUGCUCGCCGCCCUGCUCAACUACGUCACCAGGGAGCUCGGAGCACAGGUGCGCUACAAAGACUGAGCAAAAGCAAAGCCCCGAGCUCCCACCGGACCGCUGCUCCUUUUUUUUUUUUUUUCCAGAAACUUACCCCUCACCAUCCUUGUGCCUAUUUAUUACUAUGCCAUGUCCAUUUCAUAAAAUGCAACACGGUGA